CCUGACCAGGAUCUGACCCAGCUAUCAGUGUUUAGAUUAUAUCAUAUAGCUCACACAGACAGGAGCUGGAUGUCCUUGUGUAUGUUGUCAGUGUACCCUGACUGUAUAAUGCUCCCCUACACACUCCCCAGGAGGUAGUUGUGUAUGACUUUAGACAUAUACAGGAGUAAGGACUGGCAGGAUUUAACAACAAAUACACAAGGCGGACGUUACUCAUACUCAGUGUUAACCUGUGGAGGACAAUGUGGACAUGUACAGGGUUUGAUACCAUGUGACAUUAACAGGUAUGAAAGCAAAGCUGGGCAUUGUUUACUAUAGAACACGGUCUUCCAUCUUUAUCAAUCGUCGGGAGCUUCACGAAUCACCAGGAUGUAACGUACCUGAUCGACGUUAUAACACGUAGCAAACAUGUUUUGCGACAUCACAGCCUUCUUCUAGGAUAAAGUGUAUGACAUCUACGUCAGACAUCGUAGUGACGUCAUGAGUGAGUCGUGUGAGGGAAACGAAAUGACGUUUUACAGUCCUGAUAAACCAGAUGUUGAGUCAGGUGAAGACAAGGAGGAUUCAACAAGCGACGUUCCUGGUCAGAAAUAUGUUGACGUCGUCGCUCCGGAGGACAACAAACCGAGCGAUAAAAAGACCCCACCAUACCGAUGUCACGUGUGUCGACAAUACUUCGAUCGUUCGUUUGAGUACUCCACACAUCUGAGGACGCAUGCACGCUUACUCCAAGCCGACAUCUUUCUGUUAUGCUUUAUAUGUGGAGCCAAGUUUAAGGAUGCCGUUGAAGUAUCUACGCAUCUAGAAACUCACGAGCAUGACGAAGUCCCCCGAUGUGGGGUUUGUAGCGAACCAUAUAACCAUUUCACUCGGCUACAUACAGGACCUAAACCCUUUAAGUGUAGUAUGUGUCUGAAGAUGUACCAGAAGAGUACAGAUUUUCACUUCCACCUAAACACGCAUUCGGGCGACCUGCCCAAUAAGUGUAAUAUUUGUGAAAAGGGUUUCUCACGGAAAGACCGGCUUCGCUUACACAAAGAAAAUGAACAUGGAAUUAAAACUUAUAAGUGCGAACAAUGUAAAAAGUACUUCGAAGGUGAGUCGGCGUUUGAAAAACACAAAAAGAACCAUAACGAAUUGGUUUAUGUCCAGUGUGAUGUAUGUAACAAUGUAUUCAAUGAUACUAAAAGUCUAGGGAAACACCGGUCGUUUCACAAUUGUUAUGACCACUUCACAUGUAAAUUCUGUGGCAGCAAAUUCAACAACUUUGAUAUGGUAAAAGAACACGUCAGGAAACACUUCUCUGAGCCGUCACAUGCAUGCAAUAUUUGCAAGCGUAGGUUUUUAUCUGUGGACCAACUCACCGUUCAUAGGAAAACACAUUAUAAGAAAAUGUCGGAAAAAAGUUUGUCUAAAGAAAGUGGCGCUGUCUUAUCCACAGAAAGGGAUAGAAGCGAAAAUCACAAGAAGACAUAUCUUGGUCCAAAACUGCCUUUUAAGUGUGGGCAAUGCCCAAAAAGCUUCUAUAAUGCAAAAGCCUGCCAGCGGCACGAAAAGUCGAUACACCGAGAUGCUCGUCACACAUGUAAACUAUGCGGACUAGAGUUUAGUCGCCCCGAGAACCUCAAGGCUCAUGUAACAAAUAUACAUGCUGGUGAAAUUUCAGCUCAUAAGUGUACUUUUUGUUGGAUCAGGUUUAAAAACGCAAUUGAACUAAAUAAUCAUAAAACAAAACACCACCCAGUCAUGUCAGAAGGACCAGUGGCAGUCCUUACCUCUUCAAGCAAUGGCAAAAUAACUAAAAAACCUGCAUCGGCGAAUUGGUCAUUCUCGGGCAGCAAUAGAGAUGGACAAAAGGUUCCAGACGCGGUGAAACAUGAGAAACUUCGAAAACAUGUGCACCCAAGUGGCUCUACCUCUGUCGUGUCAAUAUCGGGUAUUUAUAGAGGCAAUAACUUCAAUGUCAACACUGCGGAUGAUACUGUCGGAGGUGGAAAGGAACAAGGCGAAUUGGACCGCAGUAGUAUACAAAAUAUUGCCAGUGUAUGUGUAUGUCGAUUUUGUGGGAAGUGUUUCUCUGUACGACACUAUUGCCGUCUUCACAGGAAGAGACACAAAGAAUCCGAAAUUGUCGAAAAGUGUUCCAAGUGUCUAAAAGCCUUCGGACAACACGAUCAGUUCACACGUCAUCGCUGUACAGAGGGUAAGAUAGAGCCUUAUGAAUGCGAUAUCUGUGAUGAAACUUUCACCAGUUCGUUCCUGUUGUUGCGACAUCGGAUCAUACAUAAAGGUCCAAUGCACAAAUGUGACAAGUGCAAAAGGAUGUUUACAAGGAAGUUCAACUUAGAUAGACACAAGGCUGGAAGCCAUGCCUGGAUAUCGGAAUUCAAGUGCAUGCUGUGUCACAGGAAUUUCUAUAGUAAACAGGCCCAUUUUCUACAUAUUAAAACACACGCGAGAACAAAUAGGUGCACAGUGUGUAACCUGGCGUUUCGGUCUUCGGGCAAGUUCGACAAACACAUGCAGGAUCACCACAAGGUCGGAAACAUGUACAAGUGUCAAACAUGUGAAGUUGAGUUUCCAUCCGUACAGAGUUACCAGGUUCAUCAACUCACACAUAUGACAAAGGCUCUAUAUAUUUGUGACAUAUGUGGUAAGAAAUUCAGAGACAGAAAGCAGUUUGUCUGCCAUCGGAAAACACACUGGGGCACUAAACUGCUGGAUAUCGCAUGUAGCUGGUGUGGCAUGAAAUAUACUGCCAUAUCAAGUCUGCGUAGACACAGGCAGCGGAACAUGUGUUGGAGGGGGAGAUCAUUCCCGUGUGUCAUUUGCGGAGAUCAGUUCCAGCGUCUAGACCUACUCCUGACGCAUACCAAAAUGCACAUCAACUCUUCUAAAGUAGUCCCCGUGCAGUCGGAUAGCAACGAGUCUGUUGUAAAUUGGAAUAGCAAUGAGGAUGUUGAUGAUGAUAUAUUUGAGAACAUUAUUGAUCAAGACAAUGAAGCUCAGGUUUCAAAUACAGGAGAAACAGCAAUGAUGAGACAAAACAGCCAAUGUAACGAUGAUACUUUGGCUGAUUCGGAGUUCUUGAAUGAAGAAGACGUUUUGCUGGACGAUGACCUUCUGGGGUCUGACUUCCCGGGACAAAGUCCGACUAGCAGCGUCACGUUUAGCUGUGGAGAGUGUAACAGUGAAUUUUCCACCCUCCAACACCUUCAACGUCAUAUUGACGCCCACAAUACAAAGUCUCAGAUUGCCAACGCAGAACUGUCAUUUACUCAUUCUCCUGAUAUAGAACCACACGAAAGUAACCCAGAAUCACUAGAGCAUGAUACGGAAUCCCAGGCAUGUGAAACUGGCUGUCAACCACAUCCACAUGAACAGGACACAGACCCCCAUAAUCCAUCAGUAAAACACAACAUCGGCAUUCACAACGAUCUCGAACAGGUGCUGAUAUCUUCAGUUAGUAAAGAUAUUCCAAGAGACGGAGAUAAACUUCAUUCAGGUCUUUAUAAGUGUGGACUUUGCGAAGACACGUUCCAGGAUAUUGUUGACUUGAAUGACCAUAUUUCCAAACAUGCAGAUGAUCAGAAUUUGUAUAAAUGUGACAUAUGUGGGAAUGUGCUCCAUUCGAUACUUUCCUUCCACAAUCACUGUGUCAGUCACGUUGCUAGUGACAAGGCUCCUGGAUCUAAAACUGAGAACACGCCGACAACGCCACAACGUGUUAAUGUAUUUCAAAUGGCGUUUUUAACGUCAUCACCAGAGAGUGAUAGUGACUCGUGUACAGCUGAAGGUGGAAUAUCGACGAUUAAUACUUUGAGCAUGAAAAGUAAAGAUAAUAAUAUUCUAGAACAGAAUUUUGAGAAUAUUUCGAAACCAGCCAAAGAAGAACGCCUUGGUAUAUUUGACCUUUUAAAGCUUGAUAACGUUCGUAUAAACACAAAGGAUGUGUCUCGAGAUGUCUUGAAAUGCAAUAUAUGUGCGAAAACAUUUGAUUCUGAAUUUGAACAUCAGCGUCAUAAGAAACAACACACCAGUGAAAAAGAGACACAAGUGGAUGAACAUAAUGCAUGUAGUCAGACGAAUGCACAUGUAUCGCCCCGUAACAAUACUAGGCCAAAUGACACACUUCAGAAUGGUUGUGCGGUAACUUCGAUUAAGUUAUACAAAUGUGGCAGAUGCGGCCUCUCGUUUUGUGUACCAUCGGAACUUAUGGGUCAUUCUAGGGUGCAUUUGUUGACGGACAGGUCUGCUACAUGUUCAGCGGACAGCGAGUCACCACUGAAUUCGAUCAGUCCUACCACUAGUGGCAAGGAGGCCCUAGCACCAGAAACGCCGCUACUUUCUACUACUAGUAAUCCCCAUGUCGUUUCACCGGGCACGACAACGCAUACUUGUGGUGCUUGCGCAGGUGUGUACCUAUCAGAGGAUGCGCUGUAUUCCCAUUGUCAUACUCAUGUCACAUCACCGACAGUCAAUAUCUGCAGAUUGCGUAUACUUGAUAGUAACAUUUCAGGAUCAGUUCUACUGGAGGACCUUCCUUCUGGUGUAUACACUCCGAUGACAAACACACAAACAGCGACACAAGUUGAGAACACCAGAAAUGAAUCUCAUGAGAUAUUCAAUUCGGAUGUAGAAAAAAAUAAUCAUCACAUCGCACAAAAGACGAAUGAAAACAACAAAACUCUUGUUCGAUUAUUAAAUUGUAAGCUUCAGUAUACAUCUACUUCUGGUCUUAAGAUCCCCAGGAUGAAUGUAAAUACAAAUCUAAUAUCAUCUUCGAUAUCAAAGCCCUCUGUAUCUAAAGAUGAUAGAAUAAUGACAUUGCCAAAUCGCGUUGGUUCAAACGACGCAUCCAGUGAAAGCGACAAUUCCUCUAGGACUCUGAAAUCACUGUUUAAGUGUAGAAUUUGUUCUCGUCUGUUUGGUUCUGCACAUGGGCUGGACGUGCAUCAUAGGAGCAUGCAUCCCACUGACCAUAGAAAAGAGGGAUUGCUCGUACAAGCUCAACAUUACAACUGUACAGAUUGCCACAAAGUAUUUCGAACAUCUCGUUCGCUACAUUUACACGAGACAAAGUUUCAUUCGAAGUUUAAGGGUCUGUAUAAAUGUACUACAUGUGGGAUGGAAUUUAUGAGUGCUUCACUACGCAGCGCUCAUAACUCCAUCCACACCAAUUGUGGUGAUAAGACCGCGUCAGAGGACAGCCCGUUCAAGUGUCUGCUUUGUGAUAGAGUUUUCGGAACAAUCUACGGUAUCCGUUUACAUAGCAAUUAUCAUACCGGGGAGGAACGCACUAGUCAUUUGUCAACUGCUCAUCGCUACCGGUGUGUUAUAUGCAGAAUGUCUUUCUACACAGUUCAUCAGCUCCAUUCUCACGUCAAUAAAACCCACAGCAAUAUUGGUCAUGAGUCUAAGCAGCAAUCACAGACAAGCGACAGUGGAGAUAUAACUUACAAAAGUAAACACGAGACUGUAUUAAAUUUAAAUACCAAGACUGCAUGCAUGGAAGACAAAAAUAGUCCUAUUUCUCAACGUGAUCGGCAAGGGAUUCGAUCUAACGAGAGCAGCACUGGAAGAGAGGUAGAUGAGGACAACAUGGUAUCGAGUUGGCCAUCACCACCCGGUCACACCUCGUUAUCUUCAUCAUCAGAAACAUUGUCAGCUUCAGUAACAGGCCCCCGGGACAGGCCAUGCAAAUGUCUGGUGUGUAACAGAGUAUUCCAGUCUUCGUUCGAACUAGGUAAAAAUUGUAGGCAAUGUGAAGACUCCAACCUUCCUUUCCCUUACAAAUGUUUGACGUGUCAACGCAUGUUUAGAACAAUCAGAGGAAUUAGGAUUCACAUGUUAGCGCAUCCUAGGUAUGCUCCUGAGAAAUCGCAAAAACGACUGUUUACUGACGACACAGUCAAUAGGGAAAGUUCUUCACCAAAGGUUCCAAAAUUGGCAACGGAGCUAAAUGGCGUACACAAGUCUUCUUAUCAUUGUUUGAUAUGCGUCCGGGAAUUUUCCUCCAGUCAGGAGUUUAGGAUUCACAUGCAAAUGCAUCCAGACAACUCUACACGUGAGACAAUUCGUCAACCAUCGUGUACUUCACCUAACGCAAACAGGAACAAUGAAACCCCACUACUGAAUUCCUUACAGGAUAGUGUCAAUCCUGCUGUUAUCUUGAGGACUGGAACGAUGAGGUACAAGUGUCGUCUUUGUCCUCGACUCUUCCUCUCUACUACAAACAUGCUUCGCCAUCUGAAGACACACUCACAAAAGUACCAGUGUGACAUGUGUGGUGAUGUGUUUAGUGAUGUUUGGACUUACCAGGCACACAGGAGUGCACACAAAGUCACAUCGUCACAUAUGUGUCAUCCCUGUAAAAAGGAGUUCCCGACCCUGAGUAGUCUGGUGCGUCACAGGAAAGCACAUACCGGGAAGUCCCUCCCCUAUCGAUGUGAUAUAUACAAUGACGAGUACUCAGCCAUAGAGGAACUGACAAAACACUGUAUAACUCAUAAAGAAGAUGUACAGGAUGGCUCGGAUGUCGACGACGACAUCGUUCCAAAUUCAAAUACUGAUGACGAAAAGAGGAUACUAGGAAAAGAACGUGAUGAAAAUGAACGACACGAAAAUUUAAAUUCGGACUCCAGCUUUACUGAAACGUCUGUCUUGCCUAACAAAGAAACUGAAAAUAAAGAUAUAGAAACUGAUAAACAACAUGUAAAUAUUGUCGAUAAAAGCAUCCAAAGUGACAGCGAAUUGCUGGCAUAUGCGAAACCUACGUCAGUUGCGGAAAAACAACAUUUUACGGCUGAUGUAGAAAAUAAAGAGACAAGCGAUAAUGUACAGGAACAGGAAAACGAAAAUGGAUCGAAUGAACAGAUAGGUGUACGUGUAUACAAAUGCGAUAUUUGUAAACAGAGCUUCAAAAGUCUUCAGGAAAUCGGUGAACACUGUAGAUCGCACAUGAAAACAGAAAACACGGAUAUAAAAUCUCGGGCGGAUGCUGACUUGUUCAAAUCUAUGAAAGUGUUGGAAAAGAAUUUGUACAGAUGUAACAUAUGUGACCAAGAAUAUCUGGCCUUGUUCAGUUUACAGCGUCAUUACAAGCUCCACGAGGGCGAGAUGAUGUACAUAUGUCAUGUCUGUGAUAAGACAUUCCAGCAGCCUGCCGGCCUCCGGCAACAUUUGUUAACGCACAACCAGGACGCAAUGUUUAAAUGCCGUGUGUGUGGUCAGAAAUACAGCAAUAUAGGGACAUUCAAAACCCAUAAGAAUACACACAGUUAUGGCACGACUGACAAUUGUGUUAUAUGUUGUAAAGAUUUUGCAGGACGUAAAGCCUUUUUAGAUCACAAAAUACAGUGCGAAAAGGAUAGGAAAUGUGUGUGUGACAUAUGCGGGAAGGGAUUCACGCGCACAAACCUACUGACGGAACAUAGGAAAAUACACAAGGAUACACGGCCAUACCGUUGUUAUGAUUGCGGCAACCGAUACACAUGCAUGAAAAACCUGAAACGACACAUGGAAACGGCCCACAACCGAAACAUUUCCCUGGAUAAAAUAAUGAAAAUGACAAAUGGUAAAAACAAUACGAAGGCUUCCUUGAACAAGGAAUCUAACAGAGACACGGGACCGGAAUAUGAAGACAAGAUUGGGGCAUGUACAUCCGGGGCUCGGGCACCGACAACGACCGUGAGUGGGACCAUCGAUGACCUUCCGCACAAGUGCGUACAGUGUAACAUGCACUUCCCAUCUCUUGAGUGUCUUCGCAGACACACAGUUGUUCACUUGAGGGAAAAUAACGCACACACGUGCGAUGGGUGUGGUAAGGAUUUUUCCACCACAGAAGAGCUGAAUUGUCACAACAAGAUCCACCAUGGCAAUAAGUACGAUAUGUUUGAAACCGAUUUAAAAUUACACGAAAAGGAAGGCAUUGGCAUUGCAUGUUCAGUAUGUGGGAAAUAUUUCCAGGAGAAAAAACUGCUCCAUAAACAUGUUGAGACUAUGCACGCUGCAAAGUAUACCAUCACUAACCAGUGCUGUGUGUGCGGGAUUAUGUACAAACAAUCCAGCGACCUGGAAAAGCAUUUGUGGAUCGUUCAUCGUGAGAGACAAGUCACGUGUGAUAUCUGUCAGGGUAGGUUCGGCAACAAAGACGCCCUCAACCGGCACGUGCUGCAGAAGCAUGACACUAAGUCCCACAAAUGUCCGGAGUGUCCUACUGCAUUUUCCACGCCAGAUAGGCUGCAGCGACACAUAGCGGUUGUACAUCCUCAGCAGCCGUAUGCUUGCUCAAUUUGUGACAUACAAUUUCAGUCCAUGUCGGAAAAACAACGUCAUAUGAGUUCGACACAUGCACAACGUGUCAAUGCACGUGUCAAAUCGGUACAAUGGGCAACUAAACUGUCCUCUCGUAUGGCCAAAAAUGUAGUAGAGUCUACCAUAGUGCCACAGGUAAAUGUCCCAGACAUUAAACACAACCAGUUUACCAACGUGCCUCGAGUAAAUAUACCCGACGUUAAACGCAAUCGUCUGUGGGCAUGUAAGAUAUGCAGGAAAACCUUCACGUUUGUUCCCGACCGUCAAAGGCACAUGGUAGAAAUGCAUGGGUCUACAUCCUACAAGAAAACCUGUUCUACAUGCGGGCUGAUGUUUGCCACUAAAUCACGGCUCAAGAAGCAUGAAACGUUACACACAGGGGAGAAGCCAUUUCCCUGCCACAUUUGUCACAACGUAUUUCGAACACGGGCCGGACUGUCAGUCCACUUACAGUACCACACGGGGGAGCGACAGUACAGCUGUACCGUAUGUAACAAAAGCUUUCUUAUGAAGAACCAUCUUAAAUUACACACCAUGGGCGCCCAUCCAGGAAUGCGUGAUGACGCGUCUGAAACAGAAAGUGAUUAGCUACCUAUACACUAGUUUUGUACGUUUAUUGAAGCGGAUCUCAGACGAAACCUGUUCUUCUUAACACAGGAUUGUACUUAAAACUUAAAUAUUUUUAAUAUAGUGGUAUAAGAACGAAACAGAUGUAUGAUGCAGUGUUACUCAGUUUGUACUUGCUGUAUCUGUAACAAUUUUAAAUGUGCAAUCACCUGUUUCUUUGCGUUGCGUUCUUCUUCGCUUUUAGGUCCUCCAUUUGACAAUGAGUUCAUAAUCUAAAUUGAAAAUGUGUAUUUGACAAUAUUUAAAUUAGGCUACUUGAUAAGCUUGCGUGAUCUUAUCGAUAAAAUUCCAACACUAUUUAAACAUUAUUGCCAUCAUUGUUACAGGCAUAAGACAAUGAGGUCUAGGAAAUGUUUGUCAGGGAAACAAUAUCAUAACGGUCAAAUUGUCAGUGACCACCUCACUUCAGAAAGGUUUGAAGGGAUUAUAAUAGAAUGCAUUAUACAUUAUUGCUUAUGGGCGCAAUCAUGAUCUAAUAAGGAAAUAUGAUAUUUCUUUAUAUGAAAUGAAGGUCGAUAGAUUUUUGCGUAUGCUCAUUAGUGUGCCUUGUCAGUACCAGAGUUCUCGGUGUGAAGAAGUGACAUUUUAUUUUAACUUUACCGGGAUCGACGAAGCAAAGGAAUCUUACCCUUCCGAAACACUUGGUCUUAUUAUUAUUACGUUUUCAGUGCUCUGCUUGUAAAUUUGUGUUUUGUUCAUGUUUUGUUCUUGUUUUGCCAUUGUUUUAUCGAUUUUGACUUCGAAUUAUGUUUUUUUUUGUCAUUUCGGUAUUCUGUUUUUAUUAUUAUCAUAUCCAGAACAUCUGUCUAUAUCUGGAAUGAAUUAACUACUCACUUAUAAUACUGUCAUUUAUAUCUAUUGUACAUGUUUGUGUUUGCGAAGACAAUGGAUCACAAAUUAAAUACAGUUAAGGAAAAGUCAAAAAUGUAAUAAAUUCAUAUUUAUAUCACUUAACCAAAAUAGGUAGGCGUGCUAUGACCUGAUGUUUUAUUUGUCAUUUCCUGAAAGCUGACUAGCUCUGACAGCUAAUUGACAGAUCUACAAUAGCGGUGAAUGUGUCCAAUGUAAUCCUUAGUCACUGUGUUCAUGAAGUGUACAUAAGCUAAUAUACAUUAUAUUUCCGUUUGUGUAACUGAUCCAUUGUUUACAGAAGGGUUGCUAAUGUAGAGUUUAUUUGUUAUUGUAUCUGGAUUUAUACUGCGUGCAGUAGUAUUGAAUGAGUACAGUGCAUGUUGGCUGUAAACAUUAUUUCACCAAUUGACAAUAGUUCUAAAUAGUACUUUCCCGCGGUGUGAGUGUAUAAUAAUGUCGGCAGCAGUAAACGUUAUUUCACCAAUUGACAAUAGUUAUACUUAGUACUUUCCCGCGGUGUGAGUGUAUAAUAAUGUCGGCAGCAGUAAACGUUAUUUCACCAAUUGACAAUAGUUAUACAUAGUACUUUCCCGCGGUGUGAGUGUAUAAUAAUGUCGGCAGCAGUAAACGUUAUUUCACCAAUUGACAAUAGUUAUACAUAGUACUUUCCCGCGGUGUGAGUGUAUAAUAAUGUCGGCAGCAGUAAACGUUAUUUCACCAAUUGACAAUAGUUAUACAUAGUACUUUCCCGCGGUGUGAGUGUAUAAUAAUGUCGGCAGCAGUAAACGUUAUUUCACCAAUUGACAAUAGUUAUACAUAGUACUUUCCCGCGGUGUGAGUGUAUAAUAAUGUCGGCAGCAGUAAACGUUAUUUCACCAAUUGACAAUAGUUAUACAUAGUACUUUCCCGCGGUGUGAGUGUAUAAUAAUGUCGGCAGCAGUAAACGUUAUUUCACCAAUUGACAAUAGUUAUACAUAGUACUUUCCCGCGGUGUGAGUGUAUAAUAAUGUCGGCAGCAGUAAACGUUAUUUCACCAAUUGACAAUAGUUAUACAUAGUACUUUCCCGCGGUGUGAGUGUAUAAUAAUGUCGGCAGCAGUAAACGUUAUUUCACCAAUUGACAAUAGUUAUACAUAGUACUUUCCCGCGGUGUGAGUGUAUAAUAAUGUCGGCAGCAGUAAACGUUAUUUCACCAAUUGACAAUAGUUAUACAUAGUACUUUCCCGCGGUGUGAGUGUAUAAUAAUGUCGGCAGCAGUAAACGUUAUUUCACCAAUUGACAAUAGUUAUACAUAGUACUUUCCCGCGGUGUGAGUGUAUAAUAAUGUCGGCAGCAGUAAACGUUAUUUCACCAAUUGACAAUAGUUAUACAUAGUACUUUCCCGCGGUGUGAGUGUAUAAUAAUGUCGGCAGCAGUAAACGUUAUUUCACCAAUUGACAAUAGUUAUACAUAGUACUUUCCCGCGGUGUGAGUGUAUAAUAAUGUCGGCAGCAGUAAACGUUAUUUCACCAAUUGACAAUAGUUAUACAUAGUACUUUCCCGCGGUGUGAGUGUAUAAUAAUGUCGGCAGCAGUAAACGUUAUUUCACCAAUUGACAAUAGUUAUACAUAGUACUUUCCCGCGGUGUGAGUGUAUAAUAAUGUCGGCAGCAGUAAACGUUAUUUCACCAAUUGACAAUAGUUAUACAUAGUACUUUCCCGCGGUGUGAGUGUAUAAUAAUGUCGGCAGCAGUAAACGUUAUUUCACCAAUUGACAAUAGUUAUACAUAGUACUUUCCCGCGGUGUGAGUGUAUAAUAAUGUCGGCAGCAGUAAACGUUAUUUCACCAAUUGACAAUAGUUAUACAUAGUACUUUCCCGCGGUGUGAGUGUAUAAUAAUGUCGGCAGCAGUAAACGUUAUUUCACCAAUUGACAAUAGUUAUACAUAGUACUUUCCCGCGGUGUGAGUGUAUAAUAAUGUCGGCAGCAGUAAACGUUAUUUCACCAAUUGACAAUAGUUAUACAUAGUACUUUCCCGCGGUGUGAGUGUAUAAUAAUGUCGGCAGCAGUAAACGUUAUUUCACCAAUUGACAAUAGUUAUACAUAGUACUUUCCCGCGGUGUGAGUGUAUAAUAAUGUCGGCAGCAGUAAACGUUAUUUCACCAAUUGACAAUAGUUAUACAUAGUACUUUCCCGCGGUGUGAGUGUAUAAUAAUGUCGGCAGCAGUAAACGUUAUUUCACCAAUUGACAAUAGUUAUACAUAGUACUUUCCCGCGGUGUGAGUGUAUAAUAAUGUCGGCAGCAGUAAACGUUAUUUCACCAAUUGACAAUAGUUAUACAUAGUACUUUCCCGCGGUGUGAGUGUAUAAUAAUGUCGGCAGCAGUAAACGUUAUUUCACCAAUUGACAAUAGUUAUACAUAGUACUUUCCCGCGGUGUGAGUGUAUAAUAAUGUCGGCAGCAGUAAACGUUAUUUCACCAAUUGACAAUAGUUAUACAUAGUACUUUCCCGCGGUGUGAGUGUAUAAUAAUGUCGGCAGCAGUAAACGUUAUUUCACCAAUUGACAAUAGUUAUACAUAGUACUUUCCCGCGGUGUGAGUGUAUAAUAAUGUCGGCAGCAGUAAACGUUAUUUCACCAAUUGACAAUAGUUAUACAUAGUACUUUCCCGCGGUGUGAGUGUAUAAUAAUGUCGGCAGCAGUAAACGUUAUUUCACCAAUUGACAAUAGUUAUACAUAGUACUUUCCCGCGGUGUGAGUGUAUAAUAAUGUCGGCAGCAGUAAACGUUAUUUCACCAAUUGACAAUAGUUAUACAUAGUACUUUCCCGCGGUGUGAGUGUAUAAUAAUGUCGGCAGCAGUAAACGUUAUUUCACCAAUUGACAAUAGUUAUACAUAGUACUUUCCCGCGGUGUGAGUGUAUAAUAAUGUCGGCAGCAGUAAACGUUAUUUCACCAAUUGACAAUAGUUAUACAUAGUACUUUCCCGCGGUGUGAGUGUAUAAUAAUGUCGGCAGCAGUAAACGUUAUUUCACCAAUUGACAAUAGUUAUACAUAGUACUUUCCCGCGGUGUGAGUGUAUAAUAAUGUCGGCAGCAGUAAACGUUAUUUCACCAAUUGACAAUAGUUAUACAUAGUACUUUCCCGCGGUGUGAGUGUAUAAUAAUGUCGGCAGCAGUAAACGUUAUUUCACCAAUUGACAAUAGUUAUACAUAGUACUUUCCCGCGGUGUGAGUGUAUAAUAAUGUCGGCAGCAGUAAACGUUAUUUCACCAAUUGACAAUAGUUAUACAUAGUACUUUCCCGCGGUGUGAGUGUAUAAUAAUGUCGGCAGCAGUAAACGUUAUUUCACCAAUUGACAAUAGUUAUACAUAGUACUUUCCCGCGGUGUGAGUGUAUAAUAAUGUCGGCAGCAGUAAACGUUAUUUCACCAAUUGACAAUAGUUAUACAUAGUACUUUCCCGCGGUGUGAGUGUAUAAUAAUGUCGGCAGCAGUAAACGUUAUUUCACCAAUUGACAAUAGUUAUACAUAGUACUUUCCCGCGGUGUGAGUGUAUAAUAAUGUCGGCAGCAGUAAACGUUAUUUCACCAAUUGACAAUAGUUAUACAUAGUACUUUCCCGCGGUGUGAGUGUAUAAUAAUGUCGGCAGCAGUAAACGUUAUUUCACCAAUUGACAAUAGUUAUACAUAGUACUUUCCCGCGGUGUGAGUGUAUAAUAAUGUCGGCAGCAGUAAACGUUAUUUCACCAAUUGACAAUAGUUAUACAUAGUACUUUCCCGCGGUGUGAGUGUAUAAUAAUGUCGGCAGCAGUAAACGUUAUUUCACCAAUUGACAAUAGUUAUACAUAGUACUUUCCCGCGGUGUGAGUGUAU